GAAGGACACACUUACGAGGGUCCUGGCGAUCAAGCUCCGUCCUCCCAUUCGGUGGCAGCCCUCAGACCCGGAAACGCAGGCGGCAAUGAUGGAAGGUACACACCAGAUAAUAGGCCUUACGAUCAUAUUGUGGGCCCCCAAGGCGGCCAGGGCGGUUUCGGCCCCAAUGGAGGACCGUUUGGUCCGAACGGAGGCUUCGGUCCAAAUGGCGGACCGAACGGUCCGAAUGGAGGUUUCGGCCCCAAUGGAGGAUUUGGACCGAACGGACCUAAAGGUCCAAACGGUCCCAACGGCCCAGCAGGUCCUGCUGGCCCAAAAGGUCCCAACGGGCCACCUGGCCCCAAGGGACCUCCUGGACCACCCGGACCACCGGGACCUCUCGGCGUGGGACUGGGAGCCCCAGGAAAACCGGUAUAUAAGGAAGGCGAUCGCACUACCAGCGGGGCUGGCAACAACAUUAGCGAUGGAGAUGCCGACGGCCCAGGUGGCGGUUCCGGCGUCGGUGACGGUGACAGAUACCGCCCUGGCAAUGGAGCCGGUCGCGGCGAUGGUGGUAAAUACCGUCCCGGCACUGGCUCCCGACCCGGUGACGGUGAUGCUCAUCUGGUCGGCAGUGGUUCCGGUCCAGGUCGUCCUGGCAUUUACCGUCCCGGCCAAGGUUCCGGUGUUGGUGACGGUGAUACUACCGGACCCGGACCUCUGGGCGGAGGCGAUAGAAUCCGUCCUGGUGGUGGUGGCAAUAUCAUUGAUGGUAAUGUCUAUCGACCAGGUGACGGUGGUGCCUAUCGCCCAGGUGGUGACCUGAAUAUCGGGGCCGGCUCUGGCGGCCGUCCGGGCGGGGGUACUGGUGGCUACCAACCCGACAACAGUGGCGCCUAUACUGGAGACACCAA